GAAAACACACAACGAGUGGGUGUUUGACUGAAGUGAACUCUCUCUAGGCCUAACAAACAAAAACAGCUAACAGAUUCAUGUGAACAGCUUUAGUAUUAUGUUGAGCUGGAUACUGACCUCUGGACUGAAGACAUUAGACCAUUAUUUAAUACCCUCGAAGAUGAAACUGGAUUACAGAAAAUCACCUCAGCAUUAAAGCCGGAGGAACAACAGCUUCUGCUUGAAAGGCAGUUUAUCUUCAGCUAUACAUGGCAGACUAUGAAGUGUCUGUUCAACAGCUCAAUGAUCUGUUGACAGAUGAAAACGGAGACUUCUGUAUGCCCUCCAAACAUUUUAACGAAGUCUACCCCAGGAUACUCCUAGGAAAUGAGUCUGUAGCCACAAAUGUAACACGUUUGCUUCAGCUGGGAGUGACACACAUGCUCAAUGCUGCAGAAGGCCAAUCGGACAUGCAUGUGAACACGGGUGUGGAGUUCUACGCAGACACUGGGAUCAUCUAUCAUGGGAUACCAGCCUUUGACACUGACCAUUUUGACCUCAGCGUAUAUUUUGAAGAGGCUUCUAAUUUUAUUGAAAGAGCUCUGGCAAUGAAAGGUAAAGUGUACGUACACUGUCAGAAAGGCUACAGUCGAUCGGCUGCACUAGUCAUCGCACACCUGAUGCUGCAGCACAGGAUGGAUGUACGAACGGCUGUGGCCACAGUAAGAGAGAAAAGAGAGAUCGGACCCAAUGAUGGAUUCCUGCGCCAGCUCUGCCAGCUAAACAAUUGGCUGGAAGGUGAAGGAAGGCUGGGUGAUUAAUACCUAAAUAAAUCUGUGUUUUUAUCA